AUGCUCGCCCGCGCGUCUCCUCUCAUCCGUCUCUGGAGAAGAUCAACGAAGAUGAAGACGAGGACGACCGGGGUCACCCCAGCAGUGCUCAGGGCUAACGGGCCUCCGCAUGGCUUGCGCAGGUCGGUCAAACGCAUCCGCCAGCAAGACUUCGAGGAGGAAGAGUUUGCGUACGGGACUCAGUCUAAGCGGUACAAGCUGGAUGGGCAUGGCCCCGCGGACGACCUCGCAGCGCGCUACUCUCGCGGACCGACCCCCGACGUCCGCGGCUACAUCGCUCCCGACGACUACGAGCACGGCAUCCCUGACCCUCGCGCGCAAUCGCAGCAGCCCGACAGGCCGUACUCCCGCAUGUCCAAGGCGCACGUUCAUCCACAGGCUCACCCCGUACUCUUGGACCUUAUGGGACGUGGGGAGGCGCUGUACAAGCUCAUGGGGCAAGACCUUGGCGAGUUCGUGGAGGGCCAUGUGGACGUGUACGAGAGGCGAAGAAGAGAUGGUCCGAGUGCUCGAUGGAGGAGUGGACGGCUGGCGCAGAGGCGUAAAGCGAAGCUGUCCCUCUACGCCUCCCUUCAUUCCGCCGUCGCCUCCCAUAAACCCACGCUCGGCGAGCAAGAGAAGGCGCUGACGGAAGCGCGGGAGAGCCUGGUCCGAGAGGGAGGUGCGGUCGUUGGUGGAGGCGCGAUUGCAUCUGCCAUGCAGGCGGAGAAGCCGAACGGGGAGUAG